AUGAAUCCACGCGCCGGAUAUACGCUGAUAGAAGUGCUGAUCAUGCUUGCGGUGACGGCGAUCCUGGCGGCGACGGUGCUCGAGACGGUUCGGGCGUCAACAUCGAACGGGCUCAGGAUCGAGGCCGCCGCGCGCACUGCCUCCCAGGACUAUAUCACGUUGGCCAGCGCGCGCCGUGCAGUCGAAGCCAGCGUCCCGGACUAUUCCAAUCAGGCCCAUACCUUCAGAGGGGAUGAAACCCGCUUUUCAGCGUUGACGAGCACGCCGAUCACCCUCGCGAACGCCAGCUUGCAGCCCUAUGCGCUCAGCCUGGUGAAUGAACCAGGCAGGGUAAGCCUGGUCUAUGAGGACCAGGGCGGUCGCUUCCUGGUCCAGUCCUGGCCGGGCGGACAGGGACGCUGGUCCUACCUGGUUGAAGAGCAGGAUGCCCGCACAGGCUUCGUACGGCGGCUGGGCGAGCCGCGCGAGCGGCGCUGGGUUCAGGACUGGCCGGCGCCAGCCGCCCUGAACCGACCGUCCGCCUCCUCCUAUUUUCAGCCCUUGCCGCUCGCCAUACGCGCCGAGAUCGACCUGGCGGACGAUCAGCGGCGUGUGAUUGUCUUCCAGAUGCCUGUCACCGCCGCCCCGCGACCGCGGAUCGAAGACCUUUUGGGAUCCGGAUACGCUCUGCCCCUCACCCUGGCCGCCAUCAUCGUAAUCGCGCUCGUCGCCGCCAUGGCGGCGGAGCAGGUGCGCAGUUCGACCCGAACGGUGACCGAGCUCGUUGAUCAGAUGCGUGAUCGCACCGAGAUGGUGUCUGCGGAACAGACGCUGAUCUACACCUUGCUCACCGAACCCAUGGUCAUGGAGGGCGUCGCCCUGGGCGGACAGUCCGACAUGACCAGCCUGGUGCUGGGACAAUCGGGGCCGCGCAAUGCAAGCGACCUGAUCCGCGCCAACGGACAGGCCUAUCGCUUUGGCGCCGAGGGUGUGAUCGCCCGGCUCUAUGACGACCAGUCCUUCCUGAACGCCGCCAGCGCCGACCCGGCCAAUCUCACGGACAUUCUCGAUCUUUAUGGCGUGCCGAGGACGCAGCAUGCGCGCAUGAUCGCGGCCCUGCGCGACUAUCAGGAUGAGGAUGAUCUGCGGACUCUGGGCGGCGCUGAAGCGGCGGAUUACGAUCAGCCCGGACUGCCCACCAACGAGCCCUUGCGAAGCGCGCUCGAGCUUUGCUCGGUCAUGUACUGGACCGAGAGCGCCGUGUGUGAAGACACGGGGCGCCUCCUCCUGACCCUGCGGACGCGCUCCUCCGAUCGGGUCGCGCCCGGCCUUGUAUCAGAAGCCCUGCUCUCCUUGAUGUCGCCGGAGGCCGAUCGUGAGGAUGUGCGCGAAACCUUCCUCUUAUUCGCAGAUGGCCAGCUCACCCGUUUCGAUCAGAUCGAUCAGGGACGUUUCGAUCAGGUUCGCGACCCCCUGAGCACCCUGACCGCGCCCGGCCCCUUCCUGACGCUGGUCACCCAGACACCGGACGCAACCAUAACCCGGCGCACCGUGAUCGAACUCACCCCCAACAGCCUCAUCUCGCCCUUUGUGCUUCACAGCAAGUACGCUAUUGGGGAUGGCGUUCUGCGUCGCGGCGGCCGACUUGAGCGUCUGGCGUUCGGAGAACGGCUGAUCAUCAGCCGCGCCCUCUGUCACUUCGAAACCAUGCCCAACCCGCCCGGCGGCCAGAGUCUGAGACGCUACGAGGCGGCCAAGCUCAGCGCCAAGGCGCGCACGCCGAUUGCGGAUCCGGCUUUCCAUUUCGACUGGGGGGAGGACCGCAUCGGAAUCUGGAGUUGGCCCCGAAGCCUCACGCAGACGCUGACGGACUUUGAGGGUGAAAUCCUUCCCGAGACGGUGCUGCACCCUCCCCUGCAGUCGGGCGCUCGUCUGGUGUCGGCAACCGAGGGUUAUGAGGGUCAGGUCUGGCGCGACAACCAGCUCGUCGCCAGCCGGUGGUGGCCGUCACGGCCCACUGCGUCGGACUGGUCAGGCUUCCUGCGCGCCACGCGCACCCCGGACACGGGCGAAGGCGUCCCCGAACCGGUUGAGCCCCGGCUUCUGGACAAGCCCGCCAACCCCCAACCCUAUACCGCGCUCCUGGACCGGAUCCGGGCGAUCAGCCUGCGCGACAUCGCCGCCCUGGCGCUUGUCACGCUGGCCGUGCCGGGGCUCUACCUGCUGGGGCAAUGGGUCCAGUUGAGCCAGGCUCAAUCGUCUGUCUCCGCUGAACUGGACGAGCUCUCGCAACAAACCGCUGAAAUCAGCGCCGCCCGGCAAUCCGCCCAGCAGGCCGCGAAUGAACUGGCGAUCUAUGCUGACGUCCUGAACCGGCGUCAUCCGGCUGCAUUGCUGGCGAGCGUCAGCGAAGAACUGGCCCGGUUUUCCAUCCGGCUGGACGCCUUUGAACAGACCGAGGACAGCGUCACCCUCACCCUUCACGCCAGCGAUGAUUUCGCGCCUGAGUCUCUGGUCCGGGCGAUGGAAAGCAACCCGCUGAUGAACAGCGUCAGCCUGGAGCCAGGCCGGACAAUGAGCCGAAACGCCCUGAUGGCCGACUGGAAAGCCCAGCUGAAAGAACAGGCGACCCCGAGAGCCAUCGCCGGACUUGUGGCGCUGGUCGCCAUUCUCGCGAUCUGGGCGCUCGGCGAACUGAGCGCCUCCGUCACCUCACUCCGGCAGGAAGUGGAGGAGCUUGAGCGCGCACGCCGUCUUGAACUAAGCCUGCUCAACGAUCAGGGCUGGCUGGAUCAGGCCGGUGACAUCCAGCAACAGCUGGACCAGACCCAGAACAGUUUCUGGACGGGCGCCACGAACGGAAUCGUCGCCGCACAACUGCAAGGCGCCGUUGAGCGAGCCGCCCGAAACGCCGGUCUGAGCCGAAUUCGCGUGAAUGUCACGGGCACGCCUGAGCCCCUGGGCGACCAGGCGAGCCUUUUUGAAAUCUCCAUUACCGCACGCGAUGGCGAAGGUCAGUUCCUGGCGUUUUUCCAGGAGCUGGGACGCACUGAGCAUCAGAUUGUCAUCACCCGGUUCAACUGGCGGCGCAGCAAUGGCGCGCUGGACAUGCGACUGCAAGCGCCCGCGCAGGUCGCCGUGCAGGAGGACGCUUCAUGA